ACUGCGGGUCUGUAAACAUGGCGGUGAGUCUCCGCGCCCGCUCGCUGAGGCACCUCCGUAUCCGAGGCCGGAACGACAGCGGCGAGGAGAACGUCCCCCUCGAUCUCACCCGAGACCCCUCUGAUAACCUGAGAGAGAUACUCCAAAAUGUGGCCAAAUUGCAAGGGGUUUCAAAUAUGAGAAAGCUAGGCCACUUGAAUAAUUUUACUAAGCUUCUUUGUAAUGCUGGUCAUACUGAAGAAAAAUUAGGUUUUACUUAUGAAGACAUCAUCAUAUGUUUGCGGUUAGCUUUACUGAAUGAAGCAAAAGAGGUGCGAGCAGCCGGGCUACGAGCCCUUCGAUAUCUUAUCCGAGAUUCCAGUACUUUGCAGAAGGUGUUAAAAUUAAAAGUGGAUUACUUGAUAGCCAGGUGCAUUGACAUACAGCAGAGUAAUGAAGUUGAAAGGACACAGGCACUUCGUUUAGUCAGAAAGAUGAUCACUGUGAAUGCAUCAUUAUUUCCUAGUUCAGUUACCAAUUCCUUGAUAGCAGUUGGAAAUGAUGGCCUUCAGGAGAGGGACAGAAUGGUUCGAGCCUGUAUUGCUAUAAUCUGUGAACUAGCAAUUCAGAAUCCAGAAGUAGUUGCUCUUCGGGGUGGUCUAAGUACCAUUUUGAAAAAUGUGAUCGAUUGUCAGUUAAGCCGUAUAAACGAAGCUCUCAUAACGACAGUCUUACAUCUUCUCAAUCAUCCAAAGACUCGACAGUAUGUGCGAGCAGAUGUAGAAUUAGAGCGGAUUUUAGCCCCAUAUACCGACUUUCACUACAGGCAUAAUCCAGACACUGCAGAAGGACAGAUGAAAGAGGACCGAGAAGCACGGCUUUCUGCUAGUAAAAUGGGAAUUGUUGCGGCAUUUCGAUCAUGGGCAGGCAUCAUUAGUUUAUGCAAGCCUGGGAAUUCUGGGAUCCAAUCUCUUAUCGGGGUGCUGUGCAUACCUAACAUGGAAAUACGGCGAGGACUGCUUGAAGUACUUUAUGAUAUAUUUCGCCUCCCUCUUCCUGUUGUGACAGAAGAAUUUAUAGAAGCACUUCUCAGUGUAGAUCCAAGCAGGUUUCAAGACAGUUGGAGACUUUCUGAUGGCUUUGUAGCUGCGGAAGCUAAAGUUAUAUUACCUCACCGAGCCAGAUCCAGGCCUGACCUCAUGGACAAUUACUUGGCACUGGUUCUCUCUGCUUUCAUUAGAAAUGGACUCUUGGAAGGUCUAGUUGAGGUAAUCACAAGCAGUGAUGACCAUGUAUCUGUCAGAGCAACAAUAUUACUGGGAGAACUUUUACAUAUGGCAAACACCAUCCUUCCGCAUUGUCACAGCCAUCACUUACACUGCUUACCAACAUUAAUGAAUAUGGCAGCUUCUUUUGACAUUGUAAAGGAGAAGAGACAGCGAGCCAGUGCUGCACUAAAUUGCUUAAAACGCUUUCACGAAAUGAAGAAACGAGGACCUAAACCUUACAGCCUUCAUCUAGAUCACAUUGUUCAGAAAGCCAUGUCAACACAUCAGCGAAGGGAUCAAUAUCAUGUGCAGAAAGAUAUCUUUAGUCUGAAGGACACAGAGGAAGCAUUGUUGAUGAAUCUGAAAGAUAGCCAGGUUCUUCAUCACAAAGAGAAUCUUGAGUGGAACUGGAAUCUGAUAGGGACCAUACUUAAGUGGCCAAAUAUUAACUUAAAGGUUAACAAAGACGAACAGUUGCACAGGUUUGUACGACGAUUGAUGUAUUUUUACAAGCCUAGCAGCAAGUUGUAUGCCAACCUGGAUCUAGAUUAUGCAAAGUCCAAACAGCUUACAGUUGUGGGUUGCCAGUUUACUGAGUUUCUUCUUGAAUCUGAAGAGGAAGCAAGACAGGAAGGAAAGAAGGAAGGAAGGCAGGUGCAACAAAAGCAGGAGGGACAUGGCUACCUUGAAGAGUUAGUGAAAGAUAUUGUACACUGGCUUAAUUCUUCUUCUGGAAUGAAACCAGAACGCAGUCUCCAGAACAAUGGGUUACUUAACACUCUUAGUCAGCACUACUUUUUGUUUUUUGGUACGCUCUCCUGUCAUCCCCAUGGAGUGAAAAUGCUUGAAAAGUGUAACGUGUUUCAAUGUCUCCUUAAUCUUUGCUCCUUGAAGAACCAAGAUCACUUACUCAAAUUGACAGUUUCUAGUUUGGACUACAGCAGAGAUGGAUUAGCGAGAGUCAUCCUUUCUAAAAUCCUAACUGCAUCUACAGACAGCUGCAGGUUGUAUGCCACAAAACACCUGCGAGUACUGCUCAGGGCUAAUGUAGAAUUCUUCAGUAAUUGGGGAAUCGAAUUACUAGUCACCCAGCUUCAUGACAAAUAUAAAGCUAUCUCUUCUGAAGCACUUGAUAUCCUCGAUGAAGCAUGUGAAGAUAAGGCAAACCUUCAUGCUCUCAUUCAGAUGAAACCAGCCCUCUCUCAUCUCGGAGACAAGGGUUUGCUUCUGCUCUUAAGAUUUCUGUCAAUUCCAAAAGGGUUUUCCUAUUUAAAUGAACGAGGCUACGUGACAAAACAAAUGGAGAAAUGGCAGAAGGAGUACAAUUUAAAAUAUGUCGAGUUGAUAGAAGAACAACUUAAUGAAGCGCUUACCACCUAUCGCAAACCUGUUGAUGGCGAUAAUUAUGUUCGUCGAAGCAACCAAAGAUUACAGCGGCCACAUGUCUAUCUGCCAGUUCACCUUUACGGCCAACUGGUACACCACAAAACAGGCUGCCAUUUGUUGGAAGCUCAGAGUAUUGUUCCUGACCUGAGUUACACUGUUCGUUCUCCCAUGCUGGAUAAAUGGGAAGGGAUUAAGCAGUUGAAAGCAGCUGUCUGGGCACUGGGUAAUAUUGGAUCUUCCAAUUGGGGUCUGAAUUUGCUUCAAGAAGAAAAUGUGAUUCCUGAUAUAAUGGCACUUGCCCAGCAUUGUGAGGUUUUAUCUAUUAGAGGAACGUGUGUCUACGUGCUUGGCCUAAUAGCCAAAACGAAACAAGGUUGUGACAUUCUGAAGCAUCACAACUGGGACGCAGUGAGACACAGCCGUAGGCAGCCUUGGCCAGUAGUCCCUGAUGACAUGGAGCAACUCUGCAAUGAACUCUCCUCUAUUCCCAGCACACUUAGUUUGAACUCUGAAUCUACCAGUUCGAGGCACAAUAGUGAAAGUGAAUCUGCACCAUCAAGCAUGUUCAUUAUGGAAGAUGACAGGGUUGGCAGCACCUCUACUAGCACGUUUUUCUUAGAUAUCUCUGAAGAUGCGGAACAGAAUCCCUAUGACCGAGCUGGGUCCUUGAAGGAUAAGGAUCGCAAUCCCUUCCCCUUUUUUUCUUCCAGCAGGCUUGUGAAGAAUCGCAUCUUAAAUUCCCUUACCUUACCCAAUAAAAAGCAUAGGAGUAGCAGUGAUCCUAAAGGUGGCAAGCUAUCUUCCUCAGAGAGCAAGAUGGGCUUGAGGCGAAAUCGUACCGUAACUGAGCCUUCCAGCAGCAUGGAUUUUACCCGGGGGGAAGACUUUAUCCCAAUAUUUCGUGUGCCUAAAAUUCACACUCUGAAACUAGAAACUUCGUUUGUCGGGAGUAGGCACAGCGAAGAUGCAGAUAGCACCCCAAGUAUUGGCGAAAAUGACCUCAAGCUCCCAAAAAGCUUUGUCCAUGAAAACCACAGGGAAAACAGCAGCCGAGAGAGGCUCAUAGGAGAGGUUUCCACACAGACGAACUUCAAAAGUCGUAGCUUGAGUUUCAACACGGAUACCACAACCAGUGGCAUAAGCUCAAUGAGUUCAAGCCCUUCAAGGGAAACGGUGGGAGUGGACACUACAAAUAUAGACACGGACUGUGGAAGUUUAAGUACUGUGGUGAGCGCCAAGACAGUUAAAACAAUGCAGUGUUCAAACCCACAGUCUAACCACCUUCCUCUCUCAAAAUCGAAUUCUGUCUCCCUGGUACCACCUGGGUCCUCGCACACACUUCCUCGGAGAGCACAGUCACUAAAAGCCCCGUCUCUUGCAACUAUAAAAAGCCUGGCUGACUAUAACUUUAGCUACACGAGUUCCCGAGACGCCUUUGGAUACGCAACGCUGAAACGCUUGCAGCAGCAAAGGAUGCAUCCGUCUUUGUCUCAUUCGGAAGCCCUGGCUUCUCCAGCAAAGGACGUUCUCUUCACAGACACAAUUACUAUGAAGUCUGGUAGUCUAGACUCUCGACUAACACCAAACAGGUUCAUGAGAGCUUUAAGUUAUGCAUCAUCUCUCGAUAAAGAAGAUUUAUUAAGUCCUAUUAACCAAAACACACUUCAGCGUUCUUCUUCUGUUCGUUCCAUGGUGUCCAAUGCUACUUAUGGCAGCUCAGAUGAUUACAUUGGGCUUGCUCUUCCAGUUGAUAUCAAUGAAAUAUUUCAGGUAAAGGAAACUCCUUAUUUCCAGAAAAAAACUAUACCUUCAUUUGAUGACCGAGGUGCUCGAGCCUUAGCCCAAGAUGCUGGAGCUUUGCCAUCUGGUUCUACCGAGAUUGUAAAGAGUCCCUUCCAGAUGCUUCGUCAGCAGAUCAGUCUUACGGAGAUUAUGAACACAAGCCGUUCAGAUGCCUCUCAGUUCCUAGAAAACAUGGAAGACACUGGGCUCCAAGAGCACACUGAAGAUAAUUGUCUUUAUUGCGUCUGCACAUACAUCCUGGGCUAUCAGCAUAACAACAAAGAGAACUCUGCAUAUAGUCGCACAGAAUUUUCAGACAUUCCUUAUUCUGACUGGUGUGGAAAGUCCAUGCAUAAUCACUUGGAUGUGGUUUCCCAUUCCUCAAAGUUUUCUGGGAUUUCGGGAUGUAGUGAUGUUGCAUCCCAUGGAUCAGCUAGUAGCACCAAGAGUACAGAUCUUGUCAUAGGCGUAAAGUCCAUCCCAGAUGAUACCCCAGUAUGUCGCAUACUACUGAGAAAAGAAGUCUUGCGAUUAGUGAUCAACUUGAGUAGUUCAGUGGGAACUAAAGGUCACGAAACAGGUCUCUUGACAAUAAAAGAGAAGUUUCCCCAAGCAUUUGAUGACAUAUGCCUUUACUCUGAAGUGUCCUACUUGCUAGCUCAUUGCACGUUUCGAUUACCAUCUCGACGGUUCAUACAAGAGCUCUUUCAAGAUGUACAGUUUUUACAGAUGCAUGAAGAAGCAGAAGCUGUUCUAGCAGCACCAGCAAAUCAACAAACAGUUAACCCAUCAACGGAAUCCUGACCAUUUGUUUUCUGUGGUUUUCUAAAUAUGAAGUUGCUGGUAGCCUUGGGUAACUUCUCAUUGACUGGGCAAUGACGAGAGAAGCAUUAUCUUCUGAAUUGUUCCAGGAGUUCAGGGUACAUGUAAUUGGAGUGUGGACUACAGAACAAGUAAUUGGAGUGUGGGCUACAGAACUUGGUUCCCCAGCUAUCUGAGCCCUAUGGGGAAUUGUUAAAACAAUGAAACUAACAAUUACCAAGAUAUGCAAGAAGAACCAAGCACCGAACACUUGCACAGGUUUUCAUUUCACUUAUUUUAAAUGCAACGUCAUAAUAAUAGAGGACAAGUGUGCAGGGCCAUGUUUUUACAUGGUUGGCUUUUGACUUCCAUUCUGGACAAAGAGUGAUGCCUUGCUUGUUUAUCCUGAACCUCGGAGUCAGGGUAUCUUAGGCUGUACCCCAUUGUCGUCAGUGGAGCAUGCUCUAACCGUGGACAUCAGGGGAUUAACUACAGGCCUUCCGUGAUAGUUUUCUUAAUUUUUGUGAAACACUACUUGGGAAAUUUCUGAUCUUGGAGACAGAGAAUCCUCAGUAAUUUGGGGCAGUCUUAAAUUAUUUUAUUGUUAUAAUAGCAAACAUACUUGUUAGCAGUUUUGUUGCAGUUACAUGUAACGAUGUGUUAACUAAACCAAUUAAGGAAUUUCACUACAGUUUGAUUUUAAAAGAACAAGUCACUUAUCAAUCCCCUGGAAUCAGAUUUUUUCCUGUACAUAUAAUGCAUGUUGUUUUGGUGGGGUUUUCUACAUUAAUGCUCAUCCAGUAUGUAAAUUGGUUGUCUAGAUGUAUAACAAGCAUGACUUCUGUCAGAUAAGGGUGCAUACUUUAUCUAGUAAAAUUAGAAAAUAUAUACCUAUUGCUGCUUUUCAUCAGGAAAGAUACGAAACAAUUUCCACAUUCCAUGGCUUUAACUUUUCUAUCAUUUUGCUUCAGUCAUACACAUGGAAGGUUAAUUGCAGGAUAAUACCAAUAAUUGUAGUGGAAAGCCUUAAACAUGUAAUAUUAAAUUGACUGCUAUUUUGCUUUAAUCCAGAGUCCUUUCAGAGAUCUUUUGCACAAAUUAUGUGAUGGUGAUAAUGCAUAGGCCAGUUCUCUCCACACCCUUAGUGAGAUUCCUAAAUUUCUAUAAGUGCAGACUUGAAACAAAUGCAUCUUGACCCCAAUACUAAAAGCCUCCACUAGUAUGAAAUAUAUGCAAACUUGUACAUAUAAAUGACCAAUCACUUUCAUUGCAAAGGCUGUAGUCGGCUGGUGGUUACUCUAUAACUUCUUGUGUAUGAAAAUAGUUCAGCUGGACUGUACUGGGAAGACUGUGUCCAUCUACUUUUACCUCCCCUCUUGCUUAAAAGGAAUUAAUGCAAGGAUUUGCUUGUCGUUGUGGAAUAUUUCAAUUUUGCAUAUACCUUAUCUGAGCUCUCAGUACAUGUGCUAAUAGGUAUUUUUUGUGGUAGGAAUUUGUUCUUAGAGGCAUGUAAUGUAAUAUGAAAACUAACACUGUCUGGGUUUUCUCUGCUGCCACACCUAAAAUGGUUUUGCUCCAUUUCCAGUUGAGGGAAAGAAGGUAGACUGAUGUAAAAUAAAUAAAGGGAAUGCCAUCGCUAGGUUCCUAUUUGCCUCAGCAGAAGACUGGCAAACAUUUGAAGCAGACCUCUUUUUUUUCAAACGGCUUCUUUUUGUGGUUUCUCCUGAGUGCCUUUUUUGCCUGGACUCCCCACCCUUUCUUUUCCUGUCGGGUUGAAGAAUGAGUGCUUUCUACGCCAAGUUGUUCCUGACAUCUGAAACGCUUGGAUGUACAGUGACUGAAUCUGUGCUGGUUUUUCUCCUCCCCCAGUUCCCAUCUUUGGCUGCCAAGUAGUUCAUUCCCUGUUCUUUUUUACCAUCUCACCUCUAAGCCAAUCUGAGAGAGCUCUAGAAAGAGUUUAGUUCCAAAUCAGACAUUUGGCUCUACUCAUGACUAAGCUCCCCCGCAGCCAAAAAAUCAGCCAGUUGACAGUUUUCUCGGAAAGAAAUUCAGGCAGGGCGGCUCUCCCCACCUUACGCAAAUGGCCAGAGAUGAGGCCUUGAGGUUCUUCUUAUGUAACUAGCAGGAAACAUGGCAAUCUUCUGAUACGUUUCCCUGUAUGGAGUGUCUCCUGAGCCAUCUUUGAAGAAUACUUAUUCUCACCUCAUUUGACUUGGUGAUCACUUAGGACCUAAGAGGAGUGGGCACAGAUUGGAGAGAUAUUGAGACCUUCCUUCCCAUAUUACGAUGUCUUGUUACUUGUUUUUUAAUGCCUUUUUUAUUUUAUUUUUAAUAAAAUCUUGUUUUUUUCUAGUUUGGUACUUUUUGAACAUUUCAACUAGGAGGCUGCAGGAGGGAACUAAAUGCAGUUUUCCCCAUUUCCCCAACUGUGACUCUUUUCCUUGAGCUAUGGAACAAAGCCCUUUAUAUGGAGUGGCAGCAGCAGCAAUGCAGCAAGACAAACUUGCAAGUAAGGACCCACUUGGCUGUUUCUUCCUUUCCUACAGUAUUACUUGGCAAAAAUGCUUUCAUCGCUCCUUCACAAGAACUCGCUGUAACUUAAUUUAUGUAAUAUCUGGAAGGCCAGGACUGGAGGUCCCAGCAAGAUUUAGCUCUUGAUUCCCCCCCCCCCCAUUUCCACCGGGAGCAUCUUAGAUAUUUGUGGGGGAGGGGAGGUAGCAGGAGGGGCUUCAGCUGCUUUAAGGUCCACCUUUUAACCAUAUGAAAUUCAUUCGUAUCCAACAGUAUUUACAGAGAGAUCUUUUGGUCUUAAAUGCAACUGCUUUGCAAAACCAAAAUACCAGCCACAGUAGACCAGAUAGUGGUAUAAACGCCAAAGGACUAAUGUACUCCCAGCAAAAACAGAAAAGCUGAUCAACACUACCUCAAUUAGGAUAAUAGAGUAAUAAGGUAUUUAGAUUGUUAACUCUAGGUAGAGUUAAUCCAUUAACUCUGUAUUUUGUAUUUUGCUUUCAUGGCAAAAGCAGAUGUGGGUGUAUAUCUUUUUUUUUAAUGUAUAUCUAAUAAAAGAAAAUCUCCAGAUUGUUAAGAUUUCUGACUACAGCUUUUAGUAAAGAGAAAAUUAAAAAGAAAACUCAGCAAUGUGUUUAUGCAUCCACUCAAAUAGCAAUGCAUAGAUAACCAAAAUGAUCUGCCACUCUUUUUAAACACCAAGCACUUUGGCUUCCAUCCAAAAUAUGGCACCAGAAGGGCUGACCUUAAGUGUGUGGACAGCAGCAGCAUCACCCAGAAAACUGCAAAGUGAUGCCAAGUAAAUUUUACAAAUGCAUAACAAUCUCAUCAGAUCUCCAAAUGUUUAGAGCAGGAGGUGGACAACUUCAAAGAGUCUGGGGAUCUAUUCCCACCUCCCACCGCAGGAUCCAUACCCCACUCCUGCCAAAUUGUUGUGGCGUCAAAAAAGCCAGAAACCCCGGAAGAGCAUGAUUGCCAUUAAGAUAAGGUGUGUGCCCACUGUGUGCCUUGUUUUAAACAGGCUGUGGGGAGGGGGACACACACGUGUAGAGGAGAUAAUAAUCAGAACUGAAUGGCUUUCAUAUGGCAUUUUAUACUUAAUUUAAUGCACUGGAUCAAAUAUACUCUGGAACUUGACAUUUGGGCGUUUGUAUGUUUUGUAUUGAGCAUACUCAUUGGUUAAGUUCCACUUAAAGUCAGUCACUAGCAUCUCUUUCAAUCACCACUCCUGUACCAUUUUUGACCCAUGAAGGCAAAUUCGGCUGAACAUCCCUUUAUUUAUUUAUUUUACUGGAGAGCCUCCUGCGUUCUUAGAGUCCCAAGGCAGGCAGAACAAACAGAAUGAUCAAGGAUCCCCUCGUUGGCUGCUGUGUGUGUGUGAGGGGGAUCCGUUUGGCCUAGAGUGUCACACAUUGUACAGGCCUCACUCGGGUGCUUUGUAGAGGAAUAUCUCCAUGAGCACCAAGCCCAAAAGCUCAAGGCAUGUUCCCCAAAAAGUAAGACGUGGGCCACGUACGGGAGCUCUGCGCUUUCAUCACACCUUGGAUUUAUGUGGGCAGUGCAGAAUGUGCUUCUCCCAUUUUAGUUCCCUGCUGCCAGUCAGAUGGGCGCAGGACUUUGGGCUUGACUCAAAAGUACGUCUGGUUUGCAUUAGAGAUACCGGUGCCUCCUGUCUUUGCAGAAACCCCUGUGUGAAUGACCCCUGUUGACAUAGCGAAGUACAUUCACAAUCUUAAUGCUUCAGAAGCAAUCCUUACGCUGUGCAGCAUGUGACUAGAUCUUAGGGGUGGGGUGGGAUAUUUGGACUGUGUGUGAUAGAGGGGGUUAUUUGAACAUUAAAUCUUUGCAGAGGCCCUCUCCAAAUUCUAUUUUUAAUUUUUUGGGGUGAAGGUGUGGUGGAUAACCAGUGUCCCAAACGGCUGCAAAUGACAAAAUUAUUUGUAAUUGACAACCUUUCCUGUCUUUGUUCAAUGCAAUCCAAAUAUAAGUUUUCUAUGACAGAGAAUUUAGUGAGAAAAAUAGGUAUUGUGCUAUAGCCUUGCUGAUAGAUGAGUUCCUCAAGUUCAUUAUUGCCGUCUCUAUCAAUAUAUACAUAGCAGUAACCUGAUUUCAAGAGAGGCUUAGAAAACCUUUAACUCUAAGUCUUUCAGAGGUGAAAUAAGCAGACAAUGAAUUGUCAGUCCCCUAGGAAAAUGGACUUGGAUCCUUUGUGAGGGCAUCAAACGUGUAGAGAGCUGGAUGUAUUUGUGUGUUCAGCCCACCCCCAACAUUAUAUGAGCACUGGGUCCACCCACUCCAGUCGGGAAGGCUCACUGUGGUCAAGAAUGGAGGGGGUGGAGCCAGCACAGGCAGAGAAGUUAGGGGCCUGUACAGUGCAUGCCCAGAGCCCUGCAUGCCCUGUGCUUCACGUAUUCAGACUGAAUAGGGCUGUUCAGAAUUUGCUUUCCCAGAUAUUCUAAAAUACUUGCAACAGAAAAUGCCCUUCAGGUAUCAUAAUUGCUAUCAGCAGUGCUUUCCAGUAACCGUCCACAACCUCAUGCCCUUCAGAUGUAUUGGAUUUCAACACCCACCAUCCCCAGCUCUAUCUGGAGGGCAUCAAGUUGAAGAGGGCUGCUUUACAGUAUAAGUGAAAAAUAGGAAUAUUUGGAGGUUAUUUGAUGAUGACCCUAUCAAUGAUCAGCUGCUUCUGUUUCCAGCAGCCUACUUAAGUUAAUGGGCCCGUUCGCAUGUCACUACAAGACACCGUGGGUUAAUUAAGCCUUGGGUUGUUCUAGGGUUAUGCGAAGGUUGCUUAAUCACAUAACCCGUGACGCCUGGGUUUGCACGACACAACAAGCCAGAGUGCCCGCCCACUGGGCUUGCAUAUUCAAAAUGGUGAGCUGCAGUGAUCAUGCAAACUGGGUCACUGUACAGUGGUGUCCCACUUGUAAAGUGAAUGUAAAUUUCAGAGAAAGAGGGCGUGAUUCAACCAAAGUGAGUCACUUUUAAGUCAAAGAGGUGCUUAACUUUAGCUGAAUCUUCCCUUAAACUUGUUAACCCUUUUUUAUAUUGUUAUGGGGAAAGAAACUUAUUUUGAGAUUAUCUCCUGCAAUAACUCGUUAUCUAACCCUCCUGCUUGCCCUCUUGUACAGAAAAACAUGACACCGUAGACGGGCAGCAUGUGUUUUGCAAUCUUUUUCAGUUACCGUACUUUAAUAUUAUGUGAUGACUAAAGGUAUGCUAGUGAUGAUGGGAACAUGGUAGAAAUCCUUCUUAGCAAUUCUUUUCUAGAAAUCAUAAGUGCACUCUUGAUUUUAGGUUAAUUAUUUAGAUUUAUCUUCUUAAAACUCCAGACAUAUUUUUAACUUUUUUUUAAAAAAAAACACCAGUAAAAGGUAAAGAACGUGGUUUUUCUUUUGACCAUUUUUGUAAAAUAAGUGGAUAGCAAUGCCACACAGCAUGCAAAAAUUGCACUUUUUUUUUUUUGCUUGACUUGCUUGUAAAAUAGACACUAUUUAAUUCGAAGAGAAAAUUAAUUUAUGCCAAAAAAAAAAAGAAAAAAAGUAACUUGCCAUUUUUUGACUGCGUAGGUUAGACUAGCACAAAAUGCAAGAACUUGGGCUGGGAGGGGGGAAGAGGACAGGAUUUUGUAGGCAUAUUUGGGGAGUGGGGGAGAGAUGUGCUUCGAAUAGUGGCUGCCAAUUAUCCAAAUUAUGCGUUAUUGCAGAUUAUGUAAAUUAAUUCUGAGGAGGGGAAGAGAUUAUGAAACUUCAAGACUCAUUGUCCCUGCCCCUGUGUGGUCAUAUUUUCUUUUUUAUAUAUUUUAGUUGACGAGCUGCUACAUAUUUCGAAGUUCUAUUGUUUGUAGGUCACUGAAUGGACAUUGGAAUCUGAUUUAUAUUGUAUACCUGUAACAUAGAAAGAAAAAAAAGUAUUUAUAUAUUUUCUGUAUGAAUAUUUCAUUGAGCUGUGUAUAAUUUUAAAGAGGCUUUGUCCCAAAAUGGUUCUGUUCAACUUGAUUCUUUUUUUGUUGUUUCUUUUUCUUUCUUUUUUUGGUUUGGAUUUUUGUUUUGUAUAGUGUGUACAGUUCAUGCCUAUGAACAUUAAAAGCCUCCUGAAGCAUUAUCUUAUCAAAGGGAUGCAUUGUUAAUAAAAUGGACUUAAACUGCA